UGCUCGUGCUCAUUCCAGUAAUCCUCCGCCUGAUAUCGUUCGGUUUAGCCCUUAUGAAUGCCUUCAUGAUGCUUGUCUAAUACGCUAAGCAUUCAUGGACGUGUUUAGGGAAUAAUAUAUUCUUUUGUAGUAAAUAAUUCUUUAUACAAAUCUGUUGAAUUGCCACCUUGUAUCUUAAUAUGACCACCUAUUCGACGCUCGAGGCUGCGCCUGAAAGCGAUGGCAGCCGCCCGGUUAGUCCGAUCUCUGUGGGAAGAGGCAGAGGAUCGCGCCCUCGGCGUGCACCGAAAGAGAAUGGAGUAGCCGGACAAGCCAGUUGGAUCAGUAGUGUAAUUAAUCUGGUCAAUACGAUUGUGGGUGCCGGUGUCUUGGCUAUGCCUCUCGCGCUUUCACACAUGGGCAUUCUAUUGGGUGUUAUUGUCAUAUUCUGGGCCGGUCUUACCUCAGGUUUUGGCCUUUAUCUACAGACGCGGUGCGCGAGAUAUCUCGAUCGUGGCUCCGCUUCAUUUUUCGCCCUAUCCCAGAUAACAUAUCCGAAUGCUGCCGUCAUCUUCGAUGCUGCAAUUGCUAUCAAAUGCUUCGGAGUCGGAGUGAGCUAUUUGAUCAUUAUCGGUGAUCUGAUGCCCGACGUUGUCAGAGGAUUCAAUCCCAACGCGGGUGACAUUGGCUUUCUGGUAGAUCGCCAUUUCUGGGUCACUGCGUUCAUGCUUAUUGUUAUUCCGCUCUCAUUCUUCCGCCGACUGGACUCCCUUAAAUACACCAGCGUUAUCGCUCUGAUUUCUAUCGGUUACCUCGUCAUCCUUGUCCUUUACCACUUUAUCAAGGGCGAUACAAUGGAAGAUCGUGGUCCCAUCCGGGGCAUUCAUUGGGGAGGCGCUGUCCCUACUCUCUCCAGCUUUCCUGUGGUGGUAUUUGCGUAUACUUGCCAUCAAAAUAUGUUCUCAAUUCUCAACGAAAUUCGCGACAAUUCCCCAAAGUCAACAACCAGUGUUGUUGCUUCUUCUAUUGGCUCUUCUGCGGCCGUCUACGCCCUCGUCGCUAUCACAGGAUACCUUUCCUUUGGAAAUAACGUUCGCGGAAACCUCGUGGGAAUGUAUCCUCCGUCUGUCAGUGCCACCAUUGGCAGACUGGCGAUUGUGAUCCUGGUCAUGUUUUCUUAUCCUCUACAAGUUCAUCCUUGCCGUGCGUCAACCAAUGCUGUUAUUAAAUGGAGGCCUGUCCGUUCCAAUUCGGCUCUUGGGCACACGGAUGGUACAUCCCCUCGACGCGUGCCAUUGUUGCCAAACGGGAGAAAGAACCAGCAAGGGAAGGCUGGAGAUGGCAUGAGCGAUCUGCGCUUCGCCAUCCUCACGACCGUCAUUAUUGUACUAAGCUACGUUGUCGCCAUGACUGUUUCGUCACUGGAGGCUGUGCUUGCAUACGUUGGCAGUACCGGCAGCACGAGUAUUAGUUUCAUCCUCCCCGGGCUUUUCUACUAUAAGAUCUCCUCGCCAGACUCGCCGCACCAUCAGCGCCUAGUUAAGGAGGAUGAUGACGGCGCUUACGCGGAGGAUGACCAAGAGGCUGGUGGCUUGCUCAGCGGUAUCAUCUCAAAGUCUGCGCACUGGCGCCAUACUUUACUCCGGCGACUGAGUCUUAGUCUUGCCGUCUACGGAUUCGUCGUUAUGGUUGUCUGCCUAGUGACCAAUACCUUCUUCAUCGCCAGUCACUAGAUUGACCCCUGGGGCACUUUGGCCCUAUAUUUACAUCAUGUGUGCUUUGCAUUUUCUGCACAUCUUUGGUAAUUCUUUUGUAUACCUUUAUGUUUCAUGACUUGGGACGAUCAUUUUUCAUUUAUUUUGGCAUAUAGAUGUUGAUUUAGCGACGUCCGGUCGGACUUUAUAUCCUUGUUUCUCAUUUUUCCCUCUUCUUUCUUUGGACAUACUUCAAUACAUAAUGUACUACGAUUUUUCCAAAUUAUUACUUGUAAUGCACCCUCUUGAUUCGCCAUAUUGUCAAUUGUAUUUGUUCAACCUCUAAACACAGAAAAUCUCCG